UCAACGGACCUGUGGAAGUCAAAAGAUGAGCGCCGAUAUUUGUUCAUAAACUUAAAUAUUUUAUUUUGUUUUUCAUUUUCUGUAGUAAAAUGGAGUUAGGCGGUAUGUCAGUCGGCGUUAAUGUCGAUAUUCAAAGAACAGAUGGACGCAUCCAUUCUGCUGUAAUAACAGGUGUCAAUUUGGAGUCAAGAAGUGUCACAGUUGAGUGGUUUGAAAAAGGAGAAACAAAGGGCAAAGAGAUUGAAAUUGAGGCCAUAUGUGCUUUGAAUCCACACAUAUGUGGUCCCAGGAAUCCUUCAAAAGAUACAAAUUCAGUUAAGGAUUGUCACACCACGGAAGAUAUUGAUGAUGAUGAUGAUGAUGACCCAAGCCUGGUUGAUGUUAACACCUUAAGUGAUGAUGAUGUCAGUGAAAGUAGGAAAGUCCCUGCAUCUCAAAUACCUAAAACACGGUCGAGACACAAAAAUGCUGUAAAGAGCAACAAGUCUGGGCGUAGAGCAACUGAAAAUGGAAAGAUGCCUAACAAACCAGCAGUUAAAGUGUUGUCGGCCCGCUCAAGACAGAGCUUUGCACGUCCUGCUGCACCGAAACAAAAUGGGAAGGUGGAGCCCAAGAUUGAAUCGAAUUCUACGACAGACAUAAAAGAGGAUCCGAAAGACCAGGCAUCAGCUCGAAGGAAAUCUAAUUGUGUUAAAGAAGUGGAGAAAAUAAAACAACGUCGGGAAGAUCGGCGGGCGGCCCAGAAUGCUAUCAAGGAGGUGAAUGAGAAGAACUAUGAUACAAGUGAUCCCAACUGGGAGUUCUUGUCCAUGAUAAGAGAAUAUCGGAGUCAGUUGGAUUACCGACCAAUCACAGGAUCCGAUCAGAUAGAAAACCACCAGAUAUGUGUCUGUGUUAGAAAGCGACCCUUAACAAAGAAAGAAAAUGCUAGGAAGGAAAUUGAUGUGAUCACCCUUUCAAAUAAGCAAACCAUCCUGGUGCAUGAACCGAAGCAGAAAGUUGAUUUGACGAAAUACCUGGAAAAUCAGCAGUUCAGAUAUGAUUAUGCGUUUGAUGAAGACGCGUCAAAUGACAUUGUCUACAGAUACACAGCAAAACCUCUCGUAGAAUGUAUAUUUGAAGGUGGAAUGGCUACUUGUUUUGCCUAUGGUCAGACAGGCAGUGGAAAAACCCAUACAAUGGGUGGUGAUUUUUCUACAAAAGGCCAACAAGAUUGUACCAAGGGAAUAUAUAUCCUAGCAGCUAAGGAUGUCUUCAGAUUGAUGAACUCGAAGUACUCGAAACUCGAUCUCGUUGUCAGCUCCAGCUUCUUUGAGAUAUACAGUGGGAAGGUGUUUGAUCUACUCAACCAGAAGCAGAAGCUGCGAGUGUUAGAAGAUCAUAAACAGCAGGUCCAAAUUAUUGGUCUUAAAGAGGAGGUUGUGACGUGCAGUGAUGAUGUUUUGGAGCUUGUUCAACAUGGAAACAAUGUGCGAACAUCAGGACAAACCUCAGCUAACCAACAUUCAUCACGGUCACAUGCUGUAUUUCAAAUUAUUCUCAAGAAAAGGGGUUCUGCAAAAAUAUUUGGGAAAUUUUCAUUAAUAGAUUUAGCAGGUAAUGAACGAGGUGCUGAUACAUCGAGUUCCGACAGACAGACCCGAAUGGAAGGUGCAGAAAUCAACAAGAGUUUGCUUGCUUUGAAGGAAUGUAUACGAGCAUUGGGUCGUAAAGGUGCCCAUUUGCCAUUCCGUGCCAGCAAGUUGACACAGGUUCUCAGAGACUCAUUUAUGAGAGAAAACUCUCGAACGUGUAUGAUCGCCAUGAUCUCUCCUGGUAUGAACUGCUGUGAACACACACUGAACACACUCAGAUAUGCAGACAGGGUUAAGGAACUUGGUCCUGGUCAUCCAUCAGAAGGAGGAAAACCAGCGAAUGUACCAUCAUCGGAAAUGAUGUCACUGGCCACCAUGUCCCCACAGAACAGUGAUCUAGCCAUGCUCAAAACAUCUAAUGAAGAGGAGGUUUCUCAAGACCUGUUGAAUUUCCAUCAGAUGGUGAACCAGAUGCAAGAGCAGGAGGAGGAAGUUAUUGAUGAGCACAGAACACUGAUUGAUCAAUCUGCUAAAUGGUUGAUGGAAGAUAAGCGGUUGCUUAAGAUGACUGAAGCUGUGGACUAUGAUGUGGAAUCUUAUGCAAAACAAAUGGAUGUUUUUCUUUCUAAGAAAAUCAAGUCCCUGACUGCACUGCGAGAAAAAUUUAUCACUCUAAGACGCGAGAUGCAAGAAGAAGAAAGCGUGAGCAAGACUAUCAAGAACAAACGACCAACAAAGAAGUGACCACAGUAAACCACGCUUGAAGAGCUAGCCAUAUUUUCUUGCCUGUUAUGUCCCAGUCUACAGUUGGCACGGUGUGGCAUCAUUAGGAACAAUAUGUAGUGCUUUUGAUGGCUUGUUCGUAAAUUUCCGUUUUGGCAAGCAAAUUACAAUGCUAGUUUGUUGGACCGGAUAUUUAUAUCUGUAUAUACAUAUAUGCAAUAUGUAUAAAAUAAAUAAAUACUAGUAUUUAUUUGAAUUUGCCAAAAGAUGUGGCUACUGUUUUCAUUGUUGAGCUUUUCAUUUUUCCAAUUGUACAGAAGACUUGAGAGGAAAGUUUGUGCUACUGGGACAUAGCAGGAUAAACAUACUGUCUUUCUAGGCCAGGUUGAACUUGAUGCGUAUACUGUUAUUCUGUGAAACAGUUUUAAGUUGAAGUACGUGACCAUGUUUGUCGUGACAGGUUUUUAUGUGGUCAUCCGGGCAAUAGAGAAUAAUCAGGGUUUAUUACUGUCGUCUGGCUUAAUCCUGCUGGGUUUUUGUUUUAUUGUUUUGCAAAUACUGGCAUUUUACAACAUAACUAACAGCCUAAUAAUUGAUUGUAUUGUUAAAGCCAGCUUUGAUUGUGAAUUUUUCCUGUCGUCCUUGUAUGAAGAGAUAAAAGCACUUACAUAUAUUAUAGUAGACCAUUGCUGGAUAGCAGACUAUUGCCAAGCCAUCCAACUCCACUUUGUUACCUUGGGGCUGUAAUAAACAUAAAUGACCAGUCUGUCUUCUGUUUUUCAGUGUGUAUACCAGGGUGUUCAUUAUAUUUUACAAAGGCAGAUGUAGAGUGGUUAUGUUAAACACUUUUCGUAAACAAUGUAAUCAGCAAUCUGUAAAAUGUUGCCUGUCACAUUGCCAGUCUCGCUGCUCUUGUCAAAUAUUUUCAGACCACAUUGUAAUAUUAGCUCUAGUAUAUUGCCCAUCAAGUUUUGACCUGGCUGUUGUGCACUCAUUUUCUGUGAAGGCUCACAAGUACACAACUGAGUGAUAGAAUAUUGUGACAAAAGGUCUGCUGAUUUUAAUUUUUUUUUGUAACUUUAUAUAGGCUGUGAUAUUUGUUACUUAUCACAUUUGUAUGAGAACAUUUUGUGACCAAUCAUUGCAUUUAAUUAAUAAUAUACAACUUGCUUGUGUUUUUCAGGUGACUUGCUGUAAAAAUUUUGUUAUAUUUUCAGAUUAAUAACUAGAAAUGUCGGUCCUAGUAUUUAAACCCCUUCCCCUUUCUAUGUUAAUUUUUAAUCUAAUGCAAUAUGUUGAUUGAUUUUUUUUUUAAAUACUGUUUUUGAUAUUAGGUCAUAAGAUGUAGCUUCAGCCAUGUAGGCUGGUCUUGCUGACUUGAUUCCUGGUAUGUUUGAUUUACUUUUUCUACGCAGAUAGGAUAGCACAUGGCAUGGUCUUUGAUAUACCAGUCAUGUGGAAUUGUUGAGAAUUGGUGAUUAUGUGGUUUAUUGAUAGGUGGUAAUCCACUGAAGACUAACUGAACCCAGUUUGUUGUACAAUUUCAGUUUUGAUAAGAAAACACUAAUACACAAAAGUAUUGGGCGCAAGUUACGAGGACCAGUCCAAAGUUGUUAACUACAGUAUAGUGUGGAAUAACAAUAUGAAAAAACUUGUUUAAUCCACUAUAUGCUCGGAUGCAAAUAUGUUUGUUUUUAUACAAUAAAAACAUAUUAAUGCUAAAUAGGUUAAAGAUGGAUGGUCCAUAGCAAGCAAGUUACGUGUUAUAAAUCAAGUUUGUCUGCAAUGAAAAUUCUCACAAGCUUUUUUUGUUUGAGUAAAAAUUUUAAUUAAUUCAUUAGGGACAUAAAUGAUACUGUGCUUAUUAUUCUAUUCAUUUACCUCUGCAAUUUUUUUCUAAGACAAACCCACCUUUAUUUUCAAGUGACAUAUAUAGAAACCAUGCACAUCACUACCUACAUUCUGUUAUAGAAACAGAAUGAAACAAAAGGAUUGUUUCAAAAUAACAUUUUAUUACAAAGUUAACACUUGCUGUCAUUUUACAUUCUGCUAAAACAUGUAUUUUGUAAAUUAUAACAAGAUCAUUUAUUAGUAAGUUCAUUUCACCUAUAUUCAUUUUCACUAUUGUGAGUGACCACUUGGGUAAAUAGUACCCAAUCUAUUCUGUGAGACUUAAUGUUCUUAAAUAUCCCUGAAUUGUCUUCUUCUGGAAAUAAUAAUUAAAAAAAUGAAAUAAAAUACCUGUAGUUGAAUACCAGUACAUUUUCAACAACUUCAUGUACAGUUCUAUUUAGUUUUAGUUUUACAUCACCAUGAUUGCAACUUUUUGGGAUUAGGUUGUUCACUGUAAUAAAUUUAAAACAAAUUGUGUUAAAACCGUACCAAUGUGUGCAUUUUAUGCUGGUGUGCUUUUUCAGUAUGGUUAAGAAUAACCAUUGAUCAAUAUAGAAAUUGUUGUUUUAAGCAGUUUUAGCUAUUCUUGUCAAUGUUCACACAAUUUAAUAAUAACUGAAUGUUAUAUUCAUAUUCAUUUAAUAAUAACUGAAUGUUAUAUUCAUUGCUAUUUUUUUUCCCAUGAGGAAUUAAAAUGCCAUUUAAAGCUAUGCAUGUAUCUUUUGCUUGUGAUAAAUGUACACAUUAAGAGAAUAUUUUUGUGUCAUGUGAUGGAUUUUAUAUUUAGGUCUCGUAUUUAAUAUUCCAUGUAUAUAAUGUUUGCUCAUUGUUAGCUCAUAAGGUUUCAUUUAGGUGGGAAAACUUAUUCACCAUAAUGGUCUCCAGCAUCAGUUUAAUAUAGACUAGCAUGACGAAAAGUUAAAAAGGUCAUUGUACAAUUCUGUGUGUAAAUUAUAUUUCCCCCAGUAACUUGUAAUUUAUUCUCCUGAGUCAAGUUGUUCAAAGUGAGUUUAGCCGACAGUGAGGAGAUAAAAGAUAAUUCUUGGGGUGCAAUGGGAAGAGUGAUAAUCUUAACCAUGUAAAAUGUUAUAUUGGAAGAUGCGAGUAAACAAAAGUACCAGUUUCUGUGUUACAUAAAACAAUUAUGGAAUGCAAUAUCUGGCUUGGAUUAACCCUUGUGUAACUUUAGCUAUACCUGUCUCAACAGCUGUGUUGCAUCGUCUAAUAAUUAGGCUCAGUGCCUUUUCAAAACCACAUUGACUUGGUGCAAGUUUCAGCUGAAGAGAGAUGGCCAUUGCCCUUCUAACAUAUUUUGAAGGCGACUAUCAGGAUGGAUGGGCUUGAACUUUCAGUGGAUAUAAGCACAUAAAUAGACUUUUGAUUGCUUGGUGUCCAUUUACUGUUGGUCAUGCCAAAACAUUUUUCAGUAAUUUGCUAAAACUAUUUUAUGAAUUUGUCGAAACAUGUAACAGCAAAACACAAUAGUGAUCCAUGCAUAUCUAGAUUAUGCUUUGACCAAUCAUGUCAUGUCAUAGGGUUUUACGUGCACAUUCAGAACAAGCUGUUGUAGCGCACGCCUGUCGUGGGCACAAGAGCCGGCCUUAUCAAGACCUGGUGUGUUUAAAAUCUAUUUCUGAAAUACGUCUGGGCUUUGCUGUAAAUUCAUUGGUCAUCGCCUCAAUUAAUAUGGUUGCUGUUAAGUGUAAACGUUUUCAUCACAUGCCUUUAUCAUCAUUAUUAAACAGGCAGACUUAAUUUCAUCAUGGCUGUUAAGCAAUUAUGAUUACAUUGCAGGGCUAGCUCUAGGUGAGCAGAAAAAUUUGCCAAAUUAUUUAUUAAACUUCGAAAAUUGCAGAAAACCAGUUAUUGUCUAACAAAAUUGUUAAUUAUUUCACCUAAUUAAAGCAAAAUUUGUCAAUUGCUUUUAAAACGGGUGAAUUUAGCAACUACCACAGCUAGCCCUGUAUUGCCCAUUUGUGGUCAGAAUUGAAGAUGUCUUAAUUCACAUUUCUGUAUUAAAGCUGAAAUAAUACAACAGCAGGACUUUUGUGUCUUUCUUCAUGGAUUCUUUGUAAUUUUGAUGUCCAGAUAAGCUUCAAGUGUGCCAUCCCUGGUACACAGCUUAUUUUGUGAAUUUUGUCCCUGGAGACUGCCAAGUCUUGAAUCUGGACUAGCAAGUUUUAUAAACAUGGGCCUAAAUGGUUUAUGAGCUACACCUACUUCAAAAAGAACUUGGAACUGUUCCACUGUUAAAUGAAGUAUUAAAAAAACCCUACAAAAACCUAUUCCACUGUUAUUUAAAUAGGCCUACAUGUUUACUUAAGUGAAUUGAUUUUUAAAGCAAACAAAAACCACACAAUUAAAUAUUAAUCCAUGUUGUCAUACACGAUCUGUCAAAAUACAUUGAUGAUUGUCCUUUAUACUUUCAGUGUCACCAAUUAAAAUACAUAUUUUUAAUCAUUAUUCACUAACAUACUUAAAGAAAUGGUAUCACUUCAUAUACAUGUGUAUUGUAAUGUUCACAAACCCUGCCAUAUCUCUUCUGUCUCAUUUCAGAUCAGCUGCAUUUAAGUGUUGAUCACUAAAAAAAAUUUAUUUUAUUAGUUUAACACUUCUAUUUAUAAUCUAUUUUUUUUAAUUGUUGUUGCAAUUUGAAAUACAUGUAGAACUAUUUGAUUCUUACUUUCUUUUGGUAGUAUCUAAAUAUUUGAACUUACUUGAAGGUGUUAAAACCUUCAAUCACCGAUAUUGAUUUGCAUCCAUAUAUUUAUGCUGCCCAUCCUCAUCUCUGGCGUGGUGCUCAUAAAACUUUGAGUCUAGACUCAAGACUAAUAGAGUCUUGAGACAGUAACGCCAUGGCAACGCCAUACAAACUGCAUGUGUUUGACGUCACUUGAGAUUAAGUCUGGACUCUAAAAGUUUUAUAAGCACGGGCACAGAUGGGCAUUGAAUGUAGACCUUUGUUACUACAAUGUGUGACAUAAUCAUAUAUGUACCCUGUCAACAUUUCACUUUACUCACCUUCAAGUCGCUGCCCACAGAGAGAAAAAAAAAAUUGUGGAUAAUAUAAGAAUUUAAUGUGAUAAUUUUUUUUAAUACACUGUAUGGUGUCAUUAAACAAAACAGCCUAACUUUCUAAGCAAGAAAAUGUAUUUAAUAUUUUAAUGUAGUUAAAAAAAGCUCUUUUAGUCGAAAAGAUUUUAACAAUGUCAGGAAACAUGGUAACAAAUGAAUGGAAGCAGGUGAAUGCAGGCCAUGAAAUAAUUCAGUAGAAGGAAGAAUCCACACUUGGGUGAUGAAAAAAAAGGUCCAGACUGGAAAGUGUCAACAAUUGUCAGCUGCACUUGUUUUAGAUCUUGGAAGUUUUCGUUGUUCAUCUACAAGUGUUAUUUUAUCAGUUUUAUUAAAAUAUUUGAAUAGUUCAUUUAAAAUCCCUUCAUUUUUUUUUCCAUUCCAAGCUUUACAAAAGCAAAAAUAUACACCAUUAUUUUUGUUUCAACAACUAAUGUUUUAUAUUUAAGACUAAAAAAUCCUGACACAUAAUACGAGGCAAACCUUGAAGUUUAUGUAUACGACACAGUUAAUUUAUACUUUUUUGGGGGAAAAGAAGUGAUUUUUAUUCUUCAACCAAAUAUUUAUAGUUUAGGUUCUACACAUUGUGUAGGUCUUUGUUCACAAUUAUCAGCAUUUUCACAAAGGGUUAAGGUACCUUUUAAAACGAACACACACACACACAUGCCAAAUAAAUAUUUUUAAUGUAUGGUUUAAGGUGGUGGGGCGUACUCUUGAAAAUGUUGAUAAUUGUGAAUGAGUUAUAUUUUUGACUUAAUAAGAAGCAAUAAAUUUAUAUUUUACCUGGAAGAGACAUUGUUUUCCCCCUUUAAUUUAUCAGCAUAUAGCGAAACUAAUCUUAUGGUAUAUAAAUUAGACAGUUGAAAAAUGGCAUAAGAGAUUAAUAUAAGCACACAUGUAAACCAUAUAUGUAGAUUUCUCAUAUCUUAUGUAGAUCUUUGACGUGUGAUGCUAUCCUUAGUACUGGAAAACUAUUCAGCAUUAUUUCCUUUUGUGACUCAAGAUUUUUGUGUGCAUUCUAAGUCAAGUACAUGAAUUUCUGGUUGUAUUGCACUUUCAUUACCUUCAGUGUGUGAAACCCAAAGAAUCAAAAUAAAUCACAUAUUCUUUAA